GGUGGUGGAGGAGGGAGUCCCGCCAAACUACUAUUACUAAUAUUGUACAGGGAACACUCGGGACAGAAGUGUAUUAGUGGGUUUCAAGCCUUCUAAGAACGUGCCCGACUAGACCAGUGAUGCAUUCGGGACAAGUGAACCAUUGAGCAUUGGCAAAAAAAAAAGUUGGAGGUGAAGCGUGACGUGGAAGUGAGGUGUCAGAGUCAUUGAACCGGUUUGCAUAUGCUGGCCUUGGAGGUGCACUAAUCCCAAUGUCAUAGGCCUCGUUCAAAAUGAGCGCCCAAGGGAGCGGUAAACGGAAGAGUCCAUCGCUCGGGGUGGAUCUGGUCGAGAGUGACCCGGAACACGAUGAUGACCUGGACAUCCUGGUCGAGUCGACGGACUCGAUCUCGGAUUUGAGGGCUUCAUGUGGCUCCUCGGAGCGAACCCCGAGUGCCUCGGAGGACAACGAAAUCCUGGACUAUGACUCGGUUUCCAGUCCAGGCGGCUCCUCGACGGCGUCUGGACCGAUUUAUAUCCGACCUCCGGGAUUUGAUCACCACGCCCACGAGAUUACGUGUGGUUCUGAGAAGGGUGGUGGGACACAAAGAAAUGGGAGUGGUUCUUCGGCAGUGGGUGUGACGAGAUCCAACUCAGUGCUCUCUCGGCACGCGUUCACCUCAUCCGGGGGUGUGGUGGUGAAGAAGAAGAAAGGACUUCUAAGUGCGGAUUUUAAGGGAGCCGAUGCCCUAGGAAGUGGAGGUGUUCUGGGGAAGAAAAAGAUCGAGGGCGUGGCCAUCCUACCUACCCGACAAAAAUCUCGAAAAGAACCGUUGCCCAUGAAACAGAGGGCGUUGCCGCAAUCGUUUUGGCAACAGCCCAACAACGCCAAUCCUCAGCCACCGGGCAUAGUUUGUGCCGCAUUGCCUCCUCUACCCUUAGGAGGGGACGACAUGGGGGACAUGACGCCAGUGGAGGAGGUGACCCACGGGUUCUUUGCCAUGAACAGUCCUUCUAGUGCUAACAGUUUUACGCCUCGGGACUAUGUCUCUUCUACCAGUCAAGAAGGAGCGCCCGGGGCGCCAACAGGGUUACCAAACAGUCCAAUGGCGUCAUCCACAUCCUCCUCUUUGAAGCGCGGAGAGCGUGUCAUUUCAGCUGCCAACACGGAUCUUCUGUUCUCGUUGUUCAACUCGGUUGAGGAAGAAGAAACCCAGCGGAGAAUUCACGUGGUCCGAAGGGGAAGGCCCAAAAAGUCGACCACCAAUGGUUCUCACGUGCCCUUGGCCAAAGUGGCUCGGGAGGACGACCCGUGCCUGAACAGUGUCAAUGUGGAAUCCAUCUUGCCCCUUCUUCCUGAUCGAGGAGCGAGUUCCCACCAUUCUUCAUCAGGUCCCGGAUCCAAUGGAUCCACUUCUUCAACGGCUUUCAAAGGAUCUCAAGGAACACAAGUGAUACGGAUAAUGUCGAUAUCCAGCGGAGAUCGAUCGGUUGAGCUGCCUUCCUUGAAUGUGGAGCACAAUUAUCCUCAUCUCUUGUCGGAAUUGGUCAUGAAAUUGUGAACAAAUCCGUCGCUUCAUGUCUCCAUCCCACCCAGCUCCAAUUGUGAUAUUACUAGCUCUAUUCCCCGGUCCAAAAUGAGGCAAAUACGGCUAAGUCGCCUUUGGCCCAUUUUGGGUGGGUGGCCAUCAAAUUGUACAGUUUCGGAAUAACGUUUACCAGUACAGUGUCUCUACUUUGUAUGCUAUUGCACUCCAUUUGUCAGAUCUAAAGUCCACCUUGCCUCCGGCUCUUAGUAAGGCCUUUUACUAAGAAUGUAGUGCUUGCCCUAUGCCAACGAGAACGAGGAGAAUCGAAAGAUUACGAGUCAGAUCUUUCCUGGAUUUUUAGAAAGAAAAUUCAGGCCAAAGUGAUUAAGCCACUCAUGCGUUCGGCUCUUUUCUUCAAAUUCAGUUGUUCCUGUUAGCAUUAUUCUGUCCGAAGCAUGUAUAUUAUUGUGAACGCACAAAAUGAAUAAGAUAUACUUAUAUGAAAACCAAAUACAAAUAUUGCUAAUGA